AAUGGAAAACAGCUUAUAUCUACUGUUUGGAUGUAUAGUUGUACAAACAUUUUGUAAUUUGGAAUAAACAUGGUUUGCAUAAAGCGAAGUGCGCGUUAAACAACUGUCACAAUCCAUGAUUAGCAAACUAAAGAAUAUACAGCAGUAAUUGCUUUUUUGUGGAUUUUAGCAAAUGUAGUGUUGUUUAAAUUUAUGGUGAAAAAACUACUUCUCGUACAAAAAAAUAAUGUGAAAAGUGUUAGAACUACUAAGAACAGAAAAGAAGAUACGCUACGAUAUGAUUUAACAUAAAAUUACCAGCAGUGACAUUUUCUUUGUUAUAUUUAACCAUAAUCAGAACUCAAAAUAUUUUACAAUUUCCUGCAUAUGGGAAAUUUACGAUAUGUAUUACUGAACUGGGCAGCAUGAUUUAUAUAUCCCUGAAUAAAGGUUAAAUCAAAUUCAUUAUGCAAAAUUACGCUUCAUUGCAAGAAACUCAUGACACUCCAGAUGAUCAUGGCAUAUUGUUCCAUCAAGCAGAACCUACUAGAUCAAGAUGGAACCAUGUGGAAGAUUUGGAUUCAUUCUUUUCAAGAAUAUACAAAUAUCAUCAAAACCAUGGAUUUCGAUGUAUGCUGCUUCGAGAUAUAUUUGAUGUAAACCAGUUUGUUUUUGUGGUUUUUUUGACAGUAUGGUUGGUCCAUGGAAUUAACUAUGAAAUCAUGUUUAAUCCAACCGCAGAUCAUAAGCCCACAUUACAUGAAAUUAUUCGUGGUUUUGAUGAAACUUUUAGAAAAUUUAAGCCCUUAACUUGGUUUUGUGUCAUAAUAGCGUCCUUAUUUCUUAUAUUAAAAAUAUUAAAUAGAUUUUAUCAGCUUCUUCAAUUUUGGGAUAUCAAACAAUUUUACAACACUGCCCUUGGAAUUCAAGAUAACGAAUUAGACAAUUUAAAUUGGCACGAAAUCCAAAUUAAAGUUAGAGCUGUACAACUGGAGCAACAGAUGUGUAUACAUAAGAGAGAGUUAACGGAACUAGAUAUCUAUCAUCGUAUCUUACGACAAGAAAACUAUAUGGUAGCUCUAGUAAAUAAACGAUUAUUGCCUCCACGAAUAAAUGUACCAUUUAUAGGAGAAUGUGUGUAUUGGACAAAAGCUUUAAAAUUAAAUCUUCAGAUAUUAUUAUUUUGGUCUCCAUGGUCACCCUUUGAAAAUCCCUGGCAUCUGCGAGAAGAGUACAAAAGACAUAAUUUGCGACAUGAAUUAGCAAGUCGACUUGGCAAACAAAUUUUAUGGUUGGCAUUUACAAAUUUCAUUUUGGCACCAGCUAUUCUAGUGUGGGAAGUUCUUUAUACUUUUUUUUAUUAUACGGAGUCUAUUAGGAGAGAACCUGGAAGAAUUGGAAUAAGAAAUUGGUCUUUAUAUGGAAAAUUGUAUUUUAGACAUUUUAAUGAGUUGGACCAUGAAUUACAAGCGAGACUUACUAGAGCUUAUCGACCAUCGACAAAAUAUUUAUCAGCUUUUAGUAGUCCUCUCGUAACUAUAAUAGCCCAACAUAUCGGAUUUAUUUGUGGAUCACUUCUUGCUAUAUUACUAUUAUUUACUGUGUAUGAUGGAGAUGUCAUAGUAGUAGAACAUUUUAUAACUUUAAUGACAGUUUUAGGAGGAACAAUUGCAAUUUGUAGGGGUGUUGUCCCAGAAGAGUCAAUGGUCUGGUGUCCAGAGUCACUUUUGCAGGCUGUUGUUGUGCAUACACAUUAUAUGGUAUCUGAUUGGAAAAGUCAUGCGCAUACUUCAAGAGUAAGAGAGGGCUUCCAACAACUCUUCCAAUAUCGUUUUGUAGCUUUAUUUGAACAAUUGGUGUCACCAAUAAUGACACCGUUCCUUCUAAUUUGGUGGAUCUAUCCAAGGUCUUUAGAAAUCGUGGACUUUUUUCGACAUUUCACUGUAUCGGUGGUUGGGGUUGGAGAUGUUUGCAGCUUUGCUCAAAUGGAUGUUAAAAAACAUGGAAAUCCAAAUUGGCAAAAGGCUUCUUUAGAGUCUAUGGAUGCGGUAACACCUGAUCAUUAUUCGCAAGCCGAAGAUGGAAAAGUGGAGUUAUCGUUAGUUCAUUUUACAACUACAAAUCCUAAUUGGGUGCCUCCUCCCGAAGCUCAAAUGUUUGUGGACAAUAUUUUGGAUGAUAUGCAAGAUUAUAGUGACAGUGAUAUUUUCUAUGGCAGUGUUCAAAACCUAGUUGGACAAGCUUCGGUAACAGAAUUUGAAGGCAUGCCCCACUCAUUUCCAAAUUUGAGAGAAACGAGGGCCACUUUACAGAGUUUUGCGGCCUCUUCAUUUCCUAGAAACUCGGUUUGGAAGGCAGAAGGGCCAAACAUGUUUGGACCAUUAGCUAUGAGACAAAGCUGUAUUGCAUUGCACGAUAGAAAUUUCAGACAGACUGAAAGGGCUGCACGGUCUCUAGAAGAAACUACUCCGUUGUUACCAGGAAAAUCUUUCUAGUCAAUAUUAUACAUAAUAGUAAUAAAAACAAAUAAAGAAUAAGUGACAUUUGUAUAAUAAAACAAUAUAUUUUUAAAUUAAAUACAGAAAAAACAUUUUGCUUUUAUUUAUCAAUACUCGCACUUUUUUCAUAUCUUGUGGUUUACUCUGUUCUUGUUUUCUUUUGUUGACAACUUCCUUUGUAAUUGUUUCUCUAUUACCUUCAUUAUUUGCAUAACUAUCUGCAACUUCCCUCUAAAAAGUUAAAAAGUAUAUAUUAAAUUAUAUAUUUAAUAAACUAGUUAAAAUAUUUUUCUCCUU